ACUUUAUUAACACAGCUGUGGUUGACAGGACAAGAAUCCGGCUUGUCCUUCAGUGCAGCUGCUAGGUUUGACUUCUUUCAGGUCACAGUCGUGGCUUCGGGAUAGUUCGGUUACCCGUGGAUCAUGGCGACAAAGCUUUUGCCUGUAGUGAAACUCGCGACCAAGGUGGGCAUAGCGGGAGGGGCUGUGUAUGUGGCCUAUGACUCCGGGCUGCUGGGGGGCAGCGAACAAGGUUCUGAGGCCCUACAGAAGGCCAGAGCCGCUGUCCCCCCCGCCAUUGAGGAGUGGAUGAAGUACUUCGGUCUUCAGCAGACUCAGCUUCCAACCAUCCCUAACGUUGAAUUUUCUCCGGUCCAGGCGUGGAACUCUGGAGUGCGGUGGACGAUUUCCAGACUUUCUGAAGCUCCAACAAAAGCGAGUGAAAUGACGACUCAGGGGUUUCAGUUUGUGAAAGACCUCCUCAAGUGAACCCCCCCGGUAUCAGUUUUACUUUUGCACUCAACAGCUCACUUUGGAGAGGUUCAGCCUCGUUCCUCCCCAAGUGGAAGGUUAUGGUAACACAUUACUACUCCUAAAUCAGCCCUAGAAAAGCAGUUGUUUAUGAAGAGGCAUGUAAUGAAGACUGAGCUUAUUGUAAGGAAAUGAAGUAUUUAAAGAACCUCUUCUUUGCUGUAAACCAACUCAUUUUACCCACCAAGCAAGGUUUUUUCUCAGUCUAAAUGUCCAAAAGUUGUAAAUAUUCUAGUUGACCUUUUCAUGCCUUCUUUAGUGUCUCAUGUUCAAGUUCUGGUCAUGACAAUGUCUAUAAAAAAAACACCAAUCAUAUGCACAAAAACUUUAUUUGUUCCAUAACAUUGACACGAAACACAGGAAACCAAAGCGUCAGUUGAGCAUCCGAACCUCCAGGGCUCCCCAGCUCUGAUGUUUAGUGUCUGUUUUAAAUCUCGUUAUUUCCACAUGUAGAAAUAAAGUUUCCUAACUUCA